GUCAGUUGAGCCAAAGAAUCGUGUGUGUGUUUGUGUGGCUGUGUGUGUGUGUUUGUACGUGUGUGUACGCGAAUGUGUUUCCAGUCACAUCGAAAUUAACAUUUAAAUUUAAAUUUACAUUGUUUAAGCCGAGUUUUUGUUGCCACUUUUGGCCGCUCAAUUAAAUCCGGGCGCUCUUUUGUGCAAAAUUCACCAAACGAAACAAAAACGACAACUAGCCAAACUCUUUUUUUUCCUGUGUAGUGUUAACCAGUCGGCGUAUUUUAUUUAUCAAACAAAAUACCAACAAGCAAGUGAACAAAAUAACGUCUAGUUUGAAGCAGCCAAUGCUGACGCCGAUGCAUAAAAACCAAAAAACUACCGUGUGCUUCUGACAUCUGGCCGAUACAACACCAUGGAGAAGUCAACGCUCACACAGAAGAAUUACGCAUGUGUCUACAAUGAGACAACGAAGCCAAAGAAGCCGAAGCGUCGCGACAAGAGCGAUCUGGGACCCGAUUUUGUGGCGCCCGAUGGCGGCUGGGGUUGGGUCAUCUGUCUCGCAGCGGGCUUCAACAAUUUCUUUAUGUUUCCAGCGCUGCAGCAGUAUGGCCUGAUAUACAGGGUGCGCAUGUCAUCGCUGGGAUUCGAUGCCAAGGAGACGACCAUCAUUGUGAACGUGGUGAUGACCCUCUCCUCGAUAGUGGGUAUUUUCAAUGGGGCCAUGUUUCGACGGUUCACGUUUCGCCAGGUGGCCAUAACGGGCACAACUUUGGGCUUUCUGGGCAUCUUCUUAUCGGCCUUCUGCACCACCGUCUGGCAGUAUAUUAUCUGUCUGUCCCUCAUCUAUGGUGUGGGUCUCGGCCUGGCCAUGGCGGCCGUAUCGCUGGCUGUUAACACAUACUUUAUGCUGAGUCGACGACGCGCCACUGGCUUCUCGUGGACAAUAACGGGAUUGGGGCCGAUUAUCUUUCCGUAUGUGUCCACCUUUCUGCUGGACUACUAUGGCGCCCAAGGCACCAUAUUGAUAUAUUCGGGCAUCGCAUUGAAUGCCGUACUCUGUGCCCUUACACUGCAGCCGGUGAUGCGGCAUGUCCGCAAACCGGAGAAGCCCGACACCGAUGUCAAGGAGCAGCCGGAGCUGCUCGAGGCCAAUGGGAAUCUGCUGACGCCCGGCAAUGAUCCAUGGAGUGACUAUGAGUGCAAGUACUGUCAAUAUCAGAAGCGCUCCAAGCGUGGCAUCUUCUCAUCGCAAUAUUUGUUCAUCGACAACGAUCUGGAGAAUCCGGUCUUCGAGAUAACCGAUCCAGGUACACCGAUGCUAGCGCGUGCCAACGAUGGCUGGUUUGGAUCGAAGCUAUCCCUGGCAUCUGACCGUCGCCAGGUGCUGUUGCGUCAGGCCUCCGUUGCCGUUUCGGCGGCAAAGGGUAGUCGUGAAAAUCUGGACAGACCGGAGGAGGCCAGAGAGCUGACUGAUCGAAACGGAUCGUCUCCGGCUGCGACUGCUUUGCCCAAGUCAAAUUAUUUUCAUCGCGAACGCGACGAUAUCGCUCGAUAUGCGAGCAAGGCGAGCAUCUAUUCCAAGCACGGUGGCGAGGAGCUGCUGCGCUGCACCUGUGCCGAGGACAAGGCGCUGCUGGAAAAGUCCGGCGAAGCGCUGCAAUUGCAACAGGUGGCACUGGAAGCCGCAGAGGAGGCCGAGGAGGAGGCCAAGCGCAAGAUGACCUUCCGUCAGAAGGUUACCAAAUUCUUUGAUCUCGAUCUAUUGCGGAAUUUCACAUUCGUCAAUUUGGUGAUCGGCAUGAGCAUAAUGAUGUUCGGUGAGAUGAACUUCUCGGUGCUGACACCGUUCAUCCUGAACAGCUACGGAUAUACAGACAAACAGUGUUCGCUAGUCAUGUCCUUGCUGGCGUGCAUGGACAUCUCGGUGCGCUUCCUGGCACCGCUCUGCUUGGAUAAGGUCAAGCUGGAUAAUCGGGUGCUGUUUGCCUUUGGCAUUGUGUGCAUUGCUGUCGGCCGUGUCAUUGUCACAAUGACAUCAUCUUUUGACAUAGUUAUUGCCGUCUUUCUGUUGAUUGGAUUUGGCAAGGGAUUCCGCACCAUAUUCUCACCAUUGAUCAUUCCCAGCUAUGUGCCAUUGCGUCGCCUGCCCGCCGCAUCUGGACUGCAGCUGAUCUUCAACACGAUCUUCUCGUUGGCCAUGGGCCCCCUACUGGGCAUUAUCACCGAAGCCUUUGGCUACAGCGCCACCAUCCAUGCCAUCAAUUUACUGACAGCCAUUGCUCUGUUAAUGUGGCUCACCGAGUCGGUGGUGCGGCGAGCCAUCGGCAAGCCGUAUAAUCCACCGGAACAAUAAAGAAAAGACGCAUCAUCUUUGCCACUGGAACUGGACUACUUAUGCAGCCAACCAGUUUAGAAUUGGGCAAUUGUCUUGGGCCUACAGACAGAUUAUAUAUCUGGAAUGCCUUGAGCAUAGUAUUACCUUAAGCGAACGUUCGUCGUUUCUUGAUAUACAUAUAUAUAUAUAUAUAAAUCUAUAUCUAUGUGAGCAAUUUUAACUUACCUAUAAUUAUAAGUAAAGAUGAAUUUUUUUUUUAGUAUU